GGUCAAUUCUCGCAUUUCAAACGCUCCUCCUCCUCCUCCUCCCCUCCUCCCCCUCUCUUUGUUCUUUCCCUAAUAUGGAAGACGAGGAGGGGCCCACCGACGCCGCCAUCGUCGCCGUCCCCACGGCCACCGACUCCACUCCUCCACCGUCUCCGCCUCACGACUCCGAUGUCUCCCCCGUCGGAUCCCCCGAUCGCGCGGCCGCCGAGGUUCAACGCCUGCCGUCCGACGACGACCCCGAUCAAGCCGCCGCCGGCGGUCUCACCGAGGAUCUGAAGCAGAAGAUUAUCAAGCAGGUGGAAUACUACUUUAGUGAUGAAAACUUGCCGAACGACAAAUACAUGUUGAGUUUGAUUAAAAAGAACAAAGAAGGCUUUGUUCCUAUUUCAGUCAUUGCUUCCUUCAAGAAAAUGAAGAAGCUCGUUCGUAACAACUCGUUGAUAGCGGCAGCUUUGAAGGACUCUUCUCUCCUUGUUGUGAGUUCGAAUGGGAAGAAGGUGAAACGACUUCAUCCUCUACCAUCACUUGAAACCAGGGAUCCAAAGUUCACUGUUUUGGUAGAGAAUCUACCAGCUGAUCAUUCAGUGGAGAACCUUAAGAAAAUGUUUAGUGAAGCCGGAAAUGUAAAAGAUAUAUGCAUACUUGACCCAAGUGCCAUAGAUGCAUCAGCAAAAGGCGGGAAGGUUGAGAAGCCAAUCAGUAAUAAGUUGCAUGCCCUUAUAGAGUAUGAUACUGUGGAGGCUACUGAGAAAGCUGUUGCUAUUUUAAACAAUGAGGAAGAUUGGAGAAAUGGCAUGCGGGUGAAGCUUCUAAAGCAGAUGAGUAAGUAUGGGCAGAGUGCACAGCGUAGACAAUCUCGCAGGGGCUUUGAUUCUGAGAAGAGUAGCAGUAUCCGAACAUCUGAAGCAGGGAUUGAGGAGACUCAUAAUGCGAGCGAACAUCACAAUGGUACACCUGAUGAAGAGGAUGGAGGAGAUCAGUUCCCUAAGGAGAAAACUGGGCACAGGGGUCGAAGUCGAGGACAAUCUGGCAGGCCGAAGUAUCGUGGCCUCAACGGGUUUGGCCAUGGAACUUCUUCGUCUGCUCAUCUAAUUGAAUCUUCAAAGCCACCACCUGGCCCUAGAAUGCCUGAUGGAACCAGGGGAUUCACAAUGGGACGAGGCCGGACUCCGGUGCCUAAGCAGAGUUAACAUGGGAUUUGUCGCCAGAUAAAGCGACUUUUGUUUCUGGUUCUGUUUCCCUUGCCUCUGACAUCUGGUAAUCCGGAAUUUGUAUAUUCAUGCUGGUGGAGAAUAGUCAUCAUUGGAUCUCGGUAUAUCUAUUCAUAUGGCGAUAGAUAACCGUUACGUUUUAUGACAAACUCUCACUCGUGUUUUGGUGGAAAAUGUUGGACGCAUGGAUGGUGAUCGUUUAUGGACUUGUAGUAGUUGUCUUAUAGACUUGAUUGAUUCUAGUGACAAAAGAUACACAUUGUUUUGUUCAAUUGGUUAACAACUAAGUAAAUAUGAGUAGUAUCUUUACCUUGACCUAUGAUUGCAUGAAUUGAUCCACGUGUUAUGGUG